GUGACCAGAAGACUUCAGUAAAAAUGCUUUUCUACGUAUUACUCUUUCUUGGCAUCAUCUCUUUGUGGUGGCAUUGGAGGGCAAGAGACAGGAUGAAGGUUACAGAUCUCACUGGAAAAUAUAUAUUCAUCACUGGAUGCGACACAGGAUUUGGAAAUAUGGCAGCAAAGAUUUUUGAUAAAAAGGGAUUCCGUGUUUUUGCCAGUUGUCUGACUGAAACUGGAGCCAAAGAGCUAAAAGCUGUGACCUCGAAGCAGCUUCAGACAGUGCUGUUAGAUGUGAGAGAUUCAGACGGUGUUAAGAAAGUGGCUGCAUGGGUCAAAGCUGAAGUUCAGUCAGAAGGUCUCUGGGGACUUGUCAAUAAUGCCGGGAUUCUGGGGCCAUCAGCUCCUACAGACUGGUUGGAUAUUGAGCACUUUAGAGAACCAAUUGAAGUUAAUUUAAUUGGACUCAUAAAUGUUACAAUAAAUAUGCUUCCCUUGAUAAAAAAAGCAAAGGGAAGGAUAGUAAAUGUAUCCAGUGUCGGAGGUCGCCUAGCGUUCAGUGGUGGAGGCUAUUUUCCUUCAAAGUUUGGGGUAGAAGGAUUUAAUGACAGCUUAAGGAGAGAUAUGAAAGCUUUUGGAGUUAAGGUUUGUUGCAUUCAACCUGGACUGUUCAAAACAGCAUUAACCAAUCCAGCACAGAUUAUGAAAGAGAAGGAGGUUAUUUGGAAUAAGCUCUCCCCUGAUAUUAAAAAGCAAUAUGGAGAGGAGUAUUUUCAGAAAGAUGCCGCAAAGAAAGAAAAGCUCUCCAAGAUCUGUCUUAACAAGGACAUUUCACCAGUUGUUCAGUGCAUGGAGCAUGCUCUAACAAGCCUCCAUCCACGUGCCCAUUACAUUGUUGGGCAGGAUGCUAAGUUGUUUUGGAAUCCCCUCUCAAGAAUGCCAGCAGUUAUACAAGACUUCCUACUGCUGCGGAACAGAGUGGAGCUUGCAGCUUCCCAUGCAAAGUAA